AUGAGAACUCAGCAGUUCCAAGCAGAGCAGGGCCCAAGCCACGGUUCCAAAACCGUGGCUCGCAGCACUGGUGUAGGGUCUCUAUCUACUCCCGCGCAGAAUGGCGAAAACCCUUGGGUAGUACACUUGCGCGUCGCCGCCUCCGACAACGAUGGUCUUCUCAGAACUUGCGUUGGAUCGAUCGUCGACGCAUCCUGGGUCCUCACCUCGGCUAGCUGUGUUAAGAACUCCCGCUUCAUCUGGAUUCGUUAUGGCGCUGCUGACGUGAUCCGUCCUGAACUGGUUACGGAGAGCACCACGGUCACAAUCAACCCCGAUAACAACCUAGCUCUUAUUGACAUCAAUAGAAAAUUGCAAAAUACUGUAAACAUCAGCCCCAUUCCUCUGGCUGCAAGUAACACUGAACUGCCUACAUCUGGAAAACUUUGCGUCUAUGGUGCUGUUGAAGGCGCUCCCGGAGAAAAGCUGAGCUGCUUCAACGUGGAUUUGAAAGCUAACGAAGAUGGCAGCAUUGUCGGCAGCAGUGAUGACGGACAAGCUACCGAGUUCGACUUUGGCGCUCCUCUAGUGAGCGAAGGCGUGCAAGUCGGCGUGCUUACCGACGUCACGGAAGGCAGCGCAGUAUUUCUGAACACCGCAAAAUACAACGAAUGGAUCUCUGGUAUUACCAGCCAGCAAUAACACAGCUAUUAAGU